AAGGCCAUCUCUUUCUCUGAAACUUGGGCACUGCACACAAAACAAAGGAAGCACCAUUGGGAGGGAGCAGAUAAGCCAUGGCACUGAGGAUGUGGGCUUCUUCCACCGCCAAUGCACUCAGGCUCUCUUCCAAGGCCUCUCUCUCCCCAGCAUUCUCUCUCCACAGAUGCUUCUCCUCUGUUUUGGAUGGACUAAAGUAUGCAACUUCACACGAGUGGGUGAAGCAUGAAGGCCCAGUGGCCUCCGUUGGCAUCACUGACCAUGCUCAGGACCACCUUGGAGAAGUAGUGUUCGUGGACCUGCCCGAACCCGGCGGUUCAGUUUCCAAAGGAGGCAGCUUUGGAGCAGUGGAAAGUGUAAAAGCAACCAGUGACAUUAACUCUCCUAUCUCUGGUGAGAUCGUUGAAGUGAACACAAAGCUCACUGAAACGCCUGGCUUGGUCAACUCAAGCCCUUAUGAAGAUGGAUGGAUGAUUAAAGUGAAGCCCAGCGAUCCAUCGGAACUAGGUUCCUUGAUGGGUCCAAAAGAGUACACGAAAUUCUGCGAGGAAGAAGCUGCCGCUCAUUAGGAUGUGAAUGUGCAUCAAACUGACGUCUCUGAAGCUGCAUAAUAACGAUAUUGUCAAUUUCUUUGUUGAAUUAAUCAAGACAGAACUUCAAACUUCAGAAAUGUCAAAUUGGCUGCUUUAUAUGCCCUUUCUGA